AUGGGCUCCGUAAUUGAAAACGUCCCCGACGCCUCCAUCAAGGAUGUCGUGAACGACAUCUUGUCGACCCAAGUUCCAGUUGCACAGGAACGGUCGAUCAAUCCGGCGUUGGCGGCGCGCAUUGCUGCUAGGCACACUCCAAAACAGAAGACGUGGCGGGAAGACCGGCCCGUCACGAUCAUCGUUAUUGGUGCUGGCAUUGGCGGCACAACUACAGCCGUGCUGCUAUCUCAAAAGGUUCCUAAUGCGACCAUCACGGUGUAUGACCGAUUGGACAAGAUUGGCGGCACAUGGGCAGCCAAUGUUUAUCCGGGCGUGCGGUGCGACGUGCCAUCGCACGUGUACCAGCUCAGCUUUGAGCCCAACCUGGACUGGUCCGAGUACUACCCCAAAGGCGCUGAGAUCCAGCAGUACUACGAGCGCGUGGUGGCCAAGUACGGCCUGGCAGAGCGGUUCCGGCUGGGCCACGAGGUAGUGCGGGCCAGCUGGCUGCCGGCGGCGUCGCAGUGGGCAGUCGAGGUGCGCAGUCUGGCCACGGGCUUAGUCUCGGUGGACACGGCCGACUUUCUGGUCAGCUCGCAGGGACGCAUCAGCGAGCCGAAGUGGCCGGCGAUCCCGGGCUUGGCCGAGGGUAUCUUUGGGGGCCGGACGGUACACUCGGCACGAUGGCCAGCAGACCUGGUGUGCGAAGGCAAGCGAGUGGCGGUGAUCGGAGCCGGUGCGAGCGGCCAGCAGGUGGUGUCGAACGUGUUGAGAUCGGCCGGCCACGUGGACCACUACGUGCGCACCAAGACGUACAUCUCCAGCUCGCUGGUCGGCGACUUUGACGAGGCCACGGCAGACGCACCCGGUGGCCAUGUCUACACGGACGAGGAGCGGAGGACCUUUCACGAAGAGCCGGGAGCCUACGUGAGCUUCCGGCGUGACCUCGAGCUGCGCAUGCAGCGCCGUCGGCUACAGGGUGCCAAUGUGAUAGACCACCCAGCCAACCUGCAGCUGCGUGAACGCGUGGUCGGACGCAUGCUCGAGCGCCUCGACGGCGACGACGCCUGGCUGCACCGCAUCACGCCUGACUACGUGUACGGUUGCAAGCGGCCGACGCCAUCACCGGGUUAUCUCGAGGCGCUCCGAGCGACGCCUGCGGUGCUCUCAUACAUCACCGACAGCAUCGUGUCCAUCGAUGCGACCGGCAUCGUCACUGCCGACGGCAUCCACCGUCCGGUCGACGUCAUCGUGGCCGCCACCGGCUUUGAGAACGGAUACACGACGCGCUUUCCGCUGAUCGGCCUCGACGGCGUCGACCUGCGCGAUCGAUGGGGACCCGACAGCCCUAUCGGCUACCCGGAGUCGUACCUCGGUGUCAUGGCCCCCGGCUACCCCAACUACUUCACCGUGCUGCAGGCUCAGGCCAACGCUCUCGGCGGCUCCGUCCCGCUGCAGGCUGAGAUCACGGCCACGUACAUUGGCAAGGCCAUCCGCAAGCUGCAGUCGCAGAGCUACAGUGCCCUUGAUCCGCGCCAGGAUGCCACCGAUGACUUCAACAACCUGAUUGACGGCUUCUUCGGCAACAAGACCAUCCAGGGCGAGUGCCGCAGUUGGAGCAAGAUCGGCUUCGGCAAGGGCCGCGUCGUGUUGGCUUGGCCCGGCAGCUUCCAGCAUCGCGUCCGAGCCCUGCGUGAUCCCCGCUGGGAGGACUUUCGCUUUGUCCGCCGCCCCGACGCUGCCGCCAACCGCUUCGAGCACUUUGGCAACGGCCUCACCGACGUCGACGAGAGCGACGACGACGUUUGCCUGACUAGCUACCUGCGCGAGUACGGAGAGCUGGACCCUCAGCGGCACCAUGAGUAUGCAGAGUAG